ACGCAACCAUGUUCACAGCACACAGCCUCGUGCUUCUCGCACUUGGUCUUGACACCGUCGUCGCAACAGCACCCUCCGAGAUAAUCAGAGAUGUCGCCAUCAUCGGCGGCGGCGCAUCCGGUACCUACGCAGCAGUGCGGCUCCGCGAAGACCUGCACAAGAGCAUUGUAAUCGUUGAGACGCGCCCCAACCUCGGCGGCCAUACAAGUACCUACCGCGUGCCUGGCACAAACGCCUCGGUCGACUACGGCGUGCAGUCCUAUCUCCCCUACGGCCCUGCAACCGACUUCUUCGCGCGCUUCGGCAUCGCCACAGAGCCCUUUGCAGGCCAGCGCCUCACGCCCAUCAACGUCGACGUCGAGACAGGCAAGCUGCUCGCAGGCUAUACGGCUCCGAGUGCGAAUGCAACCAACGGGGCGUUUGCGCGGUGGCUCACCAUCACGCAAAAAUACCAGCAGUACCUCGAGCCCGGGUACUGGGACUUCCCGGCCCCAAAUGCGAUUCCCGCGGAUUUCCUCAUGCCGUUUGAGGAGUUUGCGCAAAAGAACAAUAUCGAGGCUGCGGUGCCGCGUAUUGUGACUAUCUCGGGCGUGGGAUAUGGAGGUGUGAGAGAGCUGCUCACGUUGACUGUUUUCCAGGCGUUUGGUGCGGCACUGACGAAAGACCUGCUAAGCGGCACCCUGUUCCACCCCGUGCCAAACAACAGUCUUCUGUACGAACGCGCCCUCUCCCUGCUAUCCAGCGACGUGCUACUUUCCAGCACGGUAACCAAGACCGUUCGCACUCCAGACCACUUUAUCCUAUCGGUAGCGCAAGGCGGCAGUGGCAAGAAAUACACCAUCAAAGCCCGGCGCAUCCUCUUCACCGCGCCCCCUACCCCCAAAAACCUGGCGCCCUUCCACCCGGACGCCAAAGAAGCCUCGGCCGUGGCGAAAUGGCCCCAAGGCGCCGAGUUCGUCGGCAUCAUCAAAGCAAAGUGUUUGCCGGAGAAAACGUCCAUUACCCAUCUGCCUUCGGCCGUGGUGCCUAGCAAGCAGCUCAAGAUCAAAGACUGGCCGUACAGUUUGCGACUGGAUUCUACGGGCCCCGCGGGCGAGUCGCUGUUCCGCGUCGUGUUCGGCGCAAAUUACACCGUCUCUGCGGAGGGCCUCAAGGAGCUGGUGCGGAAGAGUGUGGGCGAUGUGUUGCGCGAGGGCGCGGUGGGUAAUGCUACUGCUGAUCCCGCACACUGCGAUGUCGACUUCAAGGCCGUGUCGGAUCAUACGAGGCCGUGGUGGCCGCAGUCGGCGGAAGAGCUGCGCAAGGGAUUCGUGCAGGACUUGUAUUCACUCCAGGGUUACAGGAACAUUUGGUAUACGGGGUAUGCGUGGGGUGCGCAGUACAGUUCUACUGUUUGGGCAUUCACGGACACUGUGUUGAAGCGCAUGUUGACUGAUUUGGACCGCCAAUGA